UAUAUGGGCAUGAAGUUUACACGCAGCGGGGAAUCCUCUCACUGGAGCUGAUGAAUGGGGAGGAGGGCCGAGGGAGCCGCCGAAGUGUAUAUAAGGGCAGCGGCGUGAAAACCACAGCAAGCAAAUUACCACGGAGCAACAGACGAGGAGGAAUAUAUUUAAUUGCUUUUUUUAUCUAAAAAAAACACAUUUGGGGAUCAUUUGUCGAACAUCAUCAAAAAAGGAGGUGGUCGAAGGGGAACUAAGACUUAUUUUGUUUUUGUAUUCGAGUCCCCCGUUUCCACAUAUAUUUAAGCGAGGUGGACCUCUUAAAGUGCAUCAUUAUGUUGAACAAUAUGGAUUUGAACGCCAAAGAUUCUUUUUACCCUCAAUUUGACUGCUGCAACGGUUCUUCUCUGGGGAUGGACACCGGCGUGAGGAAAGACAAUCAGGACGUGUUCGCCGAUGCUGAGCGCUCGGUUCCUGCACAGUUUGGCCACGAAGGAACCCCCGCAACCCUCAAGACCGAAGCUUCCAACUCGGAAUACGCUUUUAACCCUUGCGACGGCCCCAAAGACACAUACACCCCCUCUUCGCUCGCCUACUCCGGCAGCUUCUACGUUGAAGCAUCUCAGGGAGCGCCGUGCACCACAGAGACCCUCCUCAACAUGAUCACUGAGAUCGUGGGUAUAUCUACAAUGCCUCUGUCAGAGGCCCAGCAAAGCGCCAACAGCCGGGGAACUUCAUACACGCCACCCAUGGACACCACUCAUUUUGGAGACGUCAAAAAGCAACCAUUCACCUGCUCCGCACCUACCCCCCCUCCAUACACCUCCGACCACCAGACGGGAUUCUCCCAUGAUCAGGCUGAUCUUCCAGCUCCGGAAGCCUCCACUUCCCAGCUCAGCUUCGCCUCAAGCCUGCAGACGAAGGCCGAGCCAAAGUCCGAGGCGGCCUCUUUCCCGGUGGUGGUCAAGAAUGAGUUCGAAAGCUACGAGUGGGGGGCUUUCACCAAGUCUGACUGUUUAGAAAGCAGCUUCCAGACAGAAACGUUCCCCAUGUCGAACGACUUCCCCCCCGAGCAGCAAAUGGAUGUUAAAGAACUUUUAGACACCUUCCCCGCUAUGUGCCCUAACCCGGAGGUGGAGUUUAAAGUGGAGGGGGGCAUCAAGCAAGAGCCGUGUUUCUCCGAUACCUGCUCCCAGAGCUACCCUUACAACGGUUACCUCCCCCCACCUAUGGGCCUCUCCUCGAACCUGAAACCAUACCCCGAACCCCCGCAGGCAUCCAAUCAAUGUGACUCCCUUUAUGCUUCGCCUGCUUUGCCAAGCACCAUAGACUCCAUCCUCUACUCUUCCUUGUUAUCGGAUUCAUUUGCGCAAAGUUACACCACUCGCGCCACCACCACUACCCCCGCCGCCACAACCACAAUCAAGCCCCCCAGGCCCCGUAAGAGCCCCGCCGCCUCCUCCCACGGUCCGGCCAAGGAGAAACCCUUCACCUGCCCCAUGGAGAGCUGCGACCGCCGCUUCUCCCGCUCGGACGAGCUCAAUCGGCACAUCCGCAUCCAUACGGGCCACAAGCCCUUCCAGUGCCGUAUCUGCUUGCGCAGUUUCAGCCGGAGCGACCACCUGACCACGCACACCAGGACUCACACUGGGGAGAAGCCCUUCUCCUGUGACGUGUGCGGCAAGCGUUUCGCCCGCAGCGACGAGCGCAAGCGGCAUGGCCGAGUGCACCAGAAGCAGAAGGAGAAAAUGGAGCUAAAGCCACAAGUGACUCCUAGUGCGUGGCCCUUCACUCUUGCGGAGGGGAUUUGAAGACAUGUCAACAGUAACAUUUUAGAAUUUUUCCGUCUUGGAAGAGAAGAAUCCAAGUUGACCAAGUUUGCUUUGUCUGGCAAGCUUAAAAGGUGGAAGGCUAAGGCAAAGGCAGAUGUUGAUGGGGAUGAGUCCUGCUUCGCCCUUUUUAAUGCCGUUUUUGUCGCAGAGGUCAAUAUGUCUUCAAAGUGGGUGAACAUGUGAACAAUCAUAUGUUGCUGCCACUUGUAAGUCAAGGCAAGCCCCUUUGCUAUUCGGGUUCUGCAUGACUGCUGUUCAGCACUCCUACAUCUGGACAGCUCCUAGUUCCAUCCACCUCUCAUCCAGGAUGGAUUGCACUUGCAGAGUUAUAUUGAAAUUUCAUUUAAGAAUGUUAUAUUUUUCCCUGUUUUUAGAAUCAAUAUAGUUGGAAUUAUUGUUGCUCAAUGCAUGUUUUAUUUUUCUUUUUAACCUGGAAUAUCAUAAGCCUCAACCACUGCAGUGAGGGUUAUAGAAAUGAAUGUAAGCUAUCAUAUUUAUGGUUUUAGCCAUAAAGUCAAUUUUGAUCAAACUUAGUGUUUGUUUAACUUCCUAUUAUUUAGCUGUCAGUGUUUUUUUGUCAUUGGCUUUUGUGUUGUUAAAAUUGUGAAAGAUAUAUCAUUAAUGGGAAAUAAAUAUAUUUGUAAUACUGUACUUCCUUGUAUUUUUAUAGCUGAGUGUAUAUUUUACAUUUAUCUCAUUCGAGCCUCAUUUUGGGGGUCAAAUGUAUUACAAAUCCUCAAUAAUGUAUUGGUUUUUGAGGGCUAUUGUUCAGUAACUUGGUAUUUAAAAUGUUACAAUUUGAUAUCAGAAACAUUUUUGCACUUCAUCCCAUUGUUGGUACGAGGAGGAUGGAUUUUAAAUGGGAGCAGAAUGUGCACUCGUUUUGAAUUUUCAGGAAAAUGAUUUUACAUGUACAGAAAUAUGUCAAGCUAGAACUGACUAGCAAAUCCUAUGAAAAUUGCUUGUGAGUAAUCAGGUAGCACACAUUGCUGCAAGGUUCUGUUCUGUGGUGACGAAGGACUUUUGAUGUGGUAUCUUUUGCUUAGAAGAUACUCCAUGCUGAAAUGUUCACUUAAGCAAGAAAAAAAAAAAGGAGUUGACAGUUUGGUGAAACUGUCACCGACAGGGUAUUGCAAAAAAAAAAAAAAAAAAAAGUAAUUUAACUCGCCUUAAGUUAUAUUAACUGUUCAAAUAAAGAUUUUGUACAUACACAGUUUCUACUAUACAUAACAUUGAUAUUGAUGUUGUUAUUUUUAUGAAGAUGAUGAACAAAAAUAAACAUUUUCUGCCAGCUGCAAUUCUUUUCCUUUGCAUCAUUUAAAAUAAACCUAAAAUAAACCAUGUGUUCCCUCACUUAUUACAUCAUUGAAUUGCCUCUGAGAACAGUCAGAUGAGUGUGUUCCCAUCCCCAAAUAUACACAACGGGCCACCUGUGGCUUCACACUGUAGCCCUAAGUUCAUCCCUGGGUGACUCACGAAGAUUUUGACUCAAACACAUUAAAGCGAAUAUUAGUCAGUGCUGAGAUUUGGACAGCCUUCGACUCCAAAGAUGGCUUUUCUCUUCUUGUAAACGAGAUGUUUUCACCUCAGUGCGAUUAUUUGAUCCUCUCUUGCUGUUCAUUGCUUUGCACAUCCAGUCAAACAUCAAGAGACAUUCAUUUCCUCCAAGCUGCAGAAUGCAAUAAUGGUCUAUCAUUUUUUCUUGUAAAGAAUAGCAAUAUGGAUGUCUUUUCUCCUCCUCACUUCCACCUUGACUCUUGUGAUGACGUGUCAUUUAUUUUAUUUAAUAGCAACAUUUACAUUUACUGUAUAUUCAAAACAGAGCCACUCAGCAUUGCCUUUUCAUGUAAAGGAGUGAAAUUCCCCACCCAACCUUGUGCAUUUAGAGUAAAUUUACAUACUUAAUAGCAACUUUCUCUGCCCACGAAGCAAAUGAGAGAUUUGCCUCCCUAGGACCAAACUUUCUAAAAUAUAUUAUUUACAGUAAAACCUUCCAAGUUGAGCACAAUCUGUUCUAUGGCAAUGGCUGAUUUU